UAAAUGAUAACAUCCAUCAGUUUGUUAGCUAACAAAAAAAUCGUACGUUACUUUAAAGCGUUUUUAAUGCACAUUUUUGAAUUAAUUUUUCUUAAAAAUAAAAUUAUUUUUUCGUCGUCUAUAUUUUAAAACUAUUAUAAAUUAUUACUUUCGCCAACCGACAUUUGUUCGGAUGUGCGUUUCAUGGCAUUAAGCACAAUGUAUACUUAUCGUUCUACACAGUUUUUGACACACCUAAGAAAUCCUCUUCUUAGAAUUGCCAUCGACUAUAACUGUCGUCAGUGUUCCACCAACAGUUAUAAGAAAGGUGUUGUUAUUGGUGUUUAUGUAGAUGACGAGGGUAAAAACAUAAAACUGACACCAUCAGCUGAAAAAAUCAAUCAAGAAAGUAACAAUGUCAUUGUUAAAGCCUUAAAAAUUUUUCAACAAAAUAAAAUGUUUUAAAAGUAAAGAAGUAUAUUUAUAAAAAGUAAGCACAAACAUACAUGUGUUAAGAUAUGUCUGAUAUGACUGAAGAACAGAAUCCAAUUACACGCCCUGUCAAACGGCAACAUCUAGCGUCAUCUGCUUCAAAUGAGUAUUCUUCUACUAAAAUUGCUUCAGAUUAUUGCUGUCCCAUUUGUUAUGAGCUAGUUGAUGAGGCACAUAUCACAAAAUGUGGUCAUUCUUUUUGCUACAGCUGUAUAUCUACAUCACUAGAAUCAAAGACAACUUGCCCAAAAUGUGGUCAUAACUUAUCAGGAGGUCUUAGAGAUGUAUUCCCUAAUUUUGCUCUUGAUAAGUUAGUGACUAAAUUUAAAUUACAAAAUCCACGCCGUAAGAUGGAUUCGUGUAAAACUGGUAUUGUUUCUGGUCUUCGAGGUUUUGUUACUGCAGAAUCAAAAAAAUUAACUCUCACUGAUGUUGAUGCUAUGUUAGAGCUUUUGACUAAACGAAAACGAAAACUUGAAGCAGAAUCAGCUCUUGCUCAAAAUCGGCUACUUCAUGAAUUUUUAGAAAAGUUGCUUUGUGAAAAAGAAACUCAAAUGAAGCGUAUUGGUCGUCAAGUAGAAAUUGUUAAAAGAGAUGUUGAAGUUGUUGAAAAAUUAUUAAAAGAUUGGGAAGCUAAAAGAUCUUCAACACCAGAUUUAGAGUCUUCAAAAUCAAAUGAUAAAAAUCAUUUUCAAAACGAGAAUUUAAUUAGUAGUUUAAAUACUGGUGGCUGUGGUAAUAUUCAACGUCGAAGAAUGUGUACCCACUUUGAUGAUUUUGUUGAUUGUUAUUUUUCUCUCAGAGCAAAAGAAUUAGUAUUUGGUAAAACAUUAGCAGAACCAAUCAACAUUAAUGUAGAACCAGUUAAUAUUGAAGAAGACCCUGAUAACAGUCUAGAUGCAUUUCGAGAAAACUUAGUCAAAUUUUCUCGAUAUAACUCUUUGAGACCUAUAGCCACAUUAAAUUAUGGUACUGACAUGUUUAAUAAUUCUACAAUAGUUUCAAGUAUUGAAUUUGAUAAAGAUGAUGAGUAUUUUGCUAUAGCUGGUGUCACAAAACGAAUUAAGGUUUUUGAUUAUGAUUGUGUUUUGCGUGACGCUGUAGAUAUUCAUUAUCCUUGUGUAGAAAUGGUGUCUGCAUCAAAAAUAUCAUGUAUUAGUUGGAAUUCAUUUCGAAAAAAUACCAUAGCUAGUAGUGACUAUGAAGGUGCAGUUUCUAUUUGGGAUGCAGGUACUGGCCAACGAACAAGAGUAUUCAGAGAACAUGAAAAACGAUGUUGGAGUGUAGACUUCAAUAAAGCUGAUGCUGGUCUCAUGGCUUCUGGAUCAGAUGAUGCACGAGUAAAGUUAUGGACAUUGAAUCAAGAUCGAUCUGUUGCUUGUCUUGAAGCAAAAGCAAAUGUUUGUUGUGUUAAAUUUAAUCCAGAUAGCUCAUCGCACCUAGCAUUUGGCUCAGCUGAUCAUUGUGUUCAUUAUUAUGAUUUACGGCAUCCAAAACGUGCAUUAGCUACAUUUAAAGGACAUAAAAAAGCGGUAUCAUAUGUUAAGUUCCUAAAUGGUAGAGAGAUGGUUUCUGCUUCAACUGACAGCCAAUUAAAAUUGUGGAAUGUUGAUGAUGCAGCAGAAGGUUGUCUUCGUUCAUUUGUAGGUCACACUAAUGAAAAAAAUUUUGUCGGUUUAGCCACAGAUGGUGAUUAUAUAGCUUGUGGUUCAGAAAACAACUCUCUAUAUGUGUACUAUAAAGGAUUGCAAAAGAGACUGUUUACAUUUAAGUUUGAACCAUCCACAUCAAUUUUAUCAAGUGAAGCUGAAGAAGUAAAAGAUAAAAGAAAAGAUGAUGAUGUUAAUGAGUUUGUUUCUGCUGUGUGUUGGCGUCAAACAUCUAACAUAAUUAUGGCUGCUAAUAGUCAAGGAAUAAUUAAAGUAUUAGAAUUGAUUUAAUUUUUUUAAUAUUGAUUAAUUUUGUAGAUUUUCAUAAUAGUUCAAUUUUUACAAUAUUUUUUUUCUAGUUGUAAUCAAUGUAAGUGUAAUUCUUUUUGUAUGCAAUAUUAUUUAAACUGGUGUGAUAUUUGUGUUAUAUUUUUUAUUAUAAUAUUAAGUGUAGAUGUAUAAACUCUGUAUAUUAUUAUUAUGUUAUUAUAUUUUACUAUUAAGAGUUAGUUAAAUAUCAAAUGUUACAGUAACUAUGUGCUUCCCUGACCUCGAAAUUAUUGGAAAAUUCCUAUUUGUUUUUCCUAGACAUUUAUAAACUCAAGAGUUUAUAAAUUAGAAUUGCUUUUGAAUUAUAAGAAGUUUCUUGUUAAAUAUUACUGUAAUUAAAUAAUGCAAUUGAAAAUAAAUUA